AUGUGGUUGUGCACAAAUGUCUACACAUCUCUGGACCUUAGAGUGAUGAACUUAGACUUGCUUAUGCUGAUUAAGAUUGAAAACAAUAAUAUACUUGAGUCUUUUAUGUUCCAGGUGCGUGGAAGUAAGGGCCAAGUUCUCUAUGUUUUGGAUGCCAGCAACCCACGCUUCUCUAACUGGUUGCGCUUUGUUCAUGAGGCACCCACCCCAGAGCAGAAGAACCUGGCUGCCAUUCAGGAAGGAGAAAAUAUCUUUUACUUGGCAGUAGAAGAUAUAGCGACAGAUACGGAGCUUUUGAUUGGCUAUCUGGACAGUGACAUGGAAGAGGAUGAGGAUGAAGAGGAAGAGAUGGAAGAAAUGGAAAUGGCUGUGAACAAAGAAACUCAUGGGAAACGUACCAGAAAAACACUACCAACUCACAUAAAAGAUUCUCCAACCUGUAAAAAGGACUAUGCCUGUCCCCACUGUGAGUCGACCUUUGCCAGCCAGGAGAUCCUGGCCGAACAUCUACAGAUGCUUCAUCAAAAACCUAGUGAGGAGAAGGAAUUCAAAUGCAAGAACUGUGGAAAGAAAUUUCCAGUGAAGCAGGCUUUACAGAGACACAUUCUUCAUUGUAUGGAGAAGAGCUCCCCUGGGGAUUCCCUGAAGACUUUCUGCUGUUCUGUUUGCAAUACAUCUCUCAGCUCAGAAUCGAGUUUGGAGCAACAUCGAGAGGCAUGCCGAGGGGAUCCCCAAUUUAUCUGCAAGGCUGAGGCCUGUGGAAAGAGAUUCAGAAGUAAAGAUGCACUGAAAAAACAUAAGGAAAACAUUCAUGCUGGAAACUCCAGGAAGAAGCUUAUGUGUACAGUGUGCAGUAAGAAGUGUUCUUCAUCUUCAACUCUUCAGGAACACCGUAAGGUCCAUGAGAUCUUUGAAUGUCAGGAAUGCAACAAGAAAUUUAUUACCCCAAAUCAGCUAAAGCGUCACAUGAUUACCCAUUCAGAAAAACGUCCCUACAACUGUGAGGUUUGUAAUAAGUCCUUCAAACGAAUCGAUCAGGUGGCCGCACACAAAAUCAUACACAGUGAAGAUAAACCUUACAAAUGCAAGCUUUGUGGCAAGGGAUUUGCCCACAGAAAUGUUUACAAGAACCACAAAAAGACCCACUCUGAGGAGAGGCCCUUCCAGUGUGAGGAAUGCAAAGCUUUGUUCCGGACCCCCUUCUCUUUGCAGAGACACCUGCUAAUACAUAACAGUGAACGAACUUUCAAGUGUGAUCAGUGUGAUGCUACCUUUAAAAGGAAAGAUACCUUAAAUGUUCACAUCCAGGUGGUCCAUGAUGGACACAAAAAAUACAAAUGUGAUCUCUGUGACAAGGCGUUUGUAACACCUUCUGUGCUUAAAAGUCACAAAAAAACACACACAGGAGAAAAGGAGAAGAUAUGUCCAUAUUGUGGACAGAAAUUUGCAAGCAAUGGAACAUUGAGAGUACACAUUCGAAGUCAUACAGGUGAGCGCCCUUACCAGUGUCAUUACUGUGAUAAAGCUUUUAGCAAAAAUGAUGGAUUGAAGAUGCAUAUCCGGACCCACACUAGGGAGAAACCCUAUCAGUGCUCUCAGUGCAACAAAGCCUUCAGUCAGAAACGAGGCCUGGAUGAACAUAUGAGGACACAUACCGGUGAAAAGCCAUUCCAGUGUGAUGUUUGCGACUUGUCCUUCAGCCUGAAGAAAAUGUUGAUCCGCCAUAAGCUGACCCACAACCCCAAUCGGCCUAUGGCUGAAUGUCCCUUCUGCCACAAGAAAUUCACACGGAAUGACUACCUCAAAGUACAUAUGGAGAAUGUCCAUGGAGAGGCUGAUAGCUAACCAGCUGAUGAGAGGUUGG